UGUAGGCUGGGGCGGGGCGAGGUUGGCAGGGGAUACAUUGUAACCCAGCCUGUGAGGAAAAUGGACACAGUGUAUCCGCCAGUGGUGGAGACUCCCAGAGGAGGCGAGUGACGGACCCGAGCUGGAAAUUGCUCUGGCUCAGUGUGCCCACCUGGGCAAUGACCGCUGCCAGUCCCCGGGCUACUCACUCAGGCCGACUGCUGAGUUUUGAUGUGUGCUGCGGCCUGGAGAACCUGCCAGUGCCAGUCCUGAAUGAAGUGGACGACGACUGUUUGCCCCCUUUGCAGUACACACCAGAAAAUGUGGCUGGACCAGGAGCAGAUCUUGAUCCCACUGAAAUAACCCUCCCAGGUUGUGAGUGCCUAGCGUCUUCCUGUGAACAGGACACAUGCACUUGUCUACAAUGCUACAUUGGAGCUUAUGAUGAAAACCUGUGCCAUGUCGACUUUCAGGGGGAGAUGGGCUACUCGAGGCCUGUGUUCGAGUGUAACGUUAUGUGUAAAUGCAGUGAGGCUUGUAAGAACAGGGUGGUCCAGAGGGGUCUCACCUUUAAACUGCAGGUGUACAAAUCCUCAAAGAAAGGAUGGGGCCUUCGCACUUUGGAACCGAUUAAGAGAGGGAAGUUUGUGUGUGAGUAUGGGGGUGAAGUCAUCAGUUUUCCAGAAGCCAACAGGCGAACUCAAUCACAAAGUUCUGGUGACAUGAACUAUAUCAUAGCUGUGAGAGAACACCUGACCAGUGGAGAAACACUAGAAACAUACAUCGACCCUACCCACAUUGGCAAUGUUGGCCGAUUCCUCAAUCAUUCUUGUGAUCCUAAUCUGUACAUGAUCCCUGUUCGUGUCAACUCCCUGGUCCCAAGGUUGGCUCUUUUUGCAGCUUGUAGUAUUGCAUCUGGUGAGGAGCUGACGUAUGAUUACUCUGGAAAGUUCAACAAUCUUGAGAAGAGAGUUACAACUGAAGAAGGGCCCAACGGAGAGAGUAGUGCCCUGAAAUUGUGCUUCUGUGGUGCACAGUCAUGCACUGGUUUUUUGCCAUUUGAUGGUUCACUUUAUAACCUGAAAGACAAGUAGAAUAAGAUCUAGUAUUGGCUGCAGCCUAUCAGACGUUGUUUUAAGAUUUUUUUUUUGUUGCAAUCUAUACAUGCUGAUGCUGCAAGUGUUGAGUCUGUUUGCAAUUUGCACUCUCCUGAGAUAUGCAAAUCGGUUCAUAACUGGUUUAUAACACAUACAUGGGCACUUUUUUUUAGUUUACUCUAAAACGUCCCAGCUAUACAUCUCAAAAUACAGUACUCCACUCUCCUUAAACUUUUAGAAUAUAGAUUCUUUCAUCGGCGAGAUUCAUUCAUGAAUGAGUAUUUAAAUAUGAGACAGAGCCAACUGAUACAUUUGAAAUGACCCCUGUCACCCAUUAGCCUAUUAUAGCAAUGCUUUUCAAGGUGACUCACCCCACUGUGAGUUUUUUUUUGGUGCAUUGGUUAUUGUUAUGGAGCAAGAAUGAAAGGGAUGUGGGUCAGGGGUGGAGGCGGUAAAGCUGAUGUUGAAUCUUCUGCAGAUUAAUUGUUGACCAGUGCACUUAACACUGACUAAUUGAGAAUCCAGAGGUGGUUAACUGUGUUUCAUUUGGUAAAUAAAAAUAUAUAUUGGA